CUCUUCUUACGGCAUAGCAGCACCGCCCUGAGAAGUCAGAGCUCUCUGUAGGAAGAGAAACAUGCACGGGCGUCCAAGAAAAGCUCCAUCGCCAGAAGAAGAGAAGUCUUAUGCUCUUAAAGCUUCUAAACUACGACCUCUCCAGUCUCAGAUUCUCCAUUUUCAUCAUGACAAAAUAUACACGAAGGAAGCCCUAGAGAUCAACUCCAAGCUUCUUGAGGCAAAUCCAGAGUACCUCACGGCCUGGAAUUAUCGUAGACUUGCUGUUGAGUUUCUUCUAUCUCAGCCUGAAUCUCAGACGGAAACCGAAUCAACCUCCAUUAUUAACGAAGAACUUAAAGUAACAGAACGUGCACUUUCUAAGAAUUUCAAGUCCUAUGGAGCCUGGUAUCAUCGUAAAUGGGUGCUGAGUAAAGGACAAUCGUCUAUAGAUAGGGAAUUGCAGCUAUUAGGUGUCUUUCUCAAGAAGGAUAGCAGAAAUUUCCAUGCCUGGAAUUACCGGAGAUUUGUUGCUGCCUUAAAGAAAAGAUCAGAUGAGGAAGAGCUCCAAUUCACCACUGAUAUGAUAAAUGAUAAUUUCAGUAACUAUUCUGCUUGGCAUAACCGUAGUGUACUUCUGGCUCGUCUGCUAGAGACAAGGGCUCAAGGUUUUUUCCCGAGGGAGAAGGUAUUGACAGAGGAGUAUGACCUUGUUCACCAAGCAAUUUUUACUGAUCCGGAUGAUCAAAGUGGCUGGUUUUAUCAUCUCUGGCUUCUUUCUCAGACAUUUAAAGGAGAUAAUCCUCUUUUGAUUUCUACAUGGCCGCCUAACGAAUCUAGGAUUAGUUUAUCAGCAGAUGGGUAUAGGCUCAUUACAGCUCCACCUUCUGUUGAUUUCCAUCUCUGUACAACAACCAUUCCUCUUGUUCUUAGUUUCACUGAAGUAGUUCAAGGGGUUAAUUCUUCCUCAGUCAUUGUGGAAUCUGAAUACGACUCAAAUGAAGACGUUAUCUGGAAGCCACUUUCGACAGAUAGCUCUUUGGGUGCCCAAGUUUGGGUAGCACAUCUGAACUUUCCCGAGGAAAAAAAUCAGCCAUUACAACCUUAUGAAAUAAAGGUUAGUAUUGGACACUCAUCAGGCAUCACGUCUUCAAGUGGCAUACACCUCUGUGAACCGUCGCAAUUCAAGUUCACAGUGACUGUAAACUGUCAUACUUCAGUGGAUACUGAAGGGUCAUUUUGGAGGUUGGAUUCAUGGGGAAACGAGCAUUUUCAUCUUCUUCAAACUAAUUUAUUUGGUCUACCACGAAUUCAAAAUGAGAUUGCAUUAACAGAUCACAAUUGGAAACUAGAGAGUAUUGAAACUGAAACAGCUCUUUUCCGUGAACUUCUGUCAGAGACAAACUGUAAAAUUGGAAAGCUUACACUUGCAAGAUUACUGUUGGCACAUGAUACAAUGAUGUAUUCUAAUAGAGAUUCCAGCGACAGUAAGUCCAUACAGGCUGAUGAAACUCUACAAAUUUACAAUGACCUGAUAUCAAUGGAUCCAUCACAUUCUGAAUACUACAAGGAGGAAUACAGCUUAGUUCUGCUGCAGCAGAUGACUUCCAGUCACGAAUCUUUGCUGAAGCGCUCUUAUUGCUACAAAGGCCCAACUUCUUCUGGAUUUGAUAAUGCUACAUGUCUAAGACUCAAUAAUCUGAAGUUAUCACGCAUAGGGUCUGUGGAUCGAUUGUUAUGGGUCCAAAUGCUGGACUUGAGUGAUAACCAACUUCGCUCAAUAGAUGGACUGGAAUCAAUGCAGCUGUUAUCAUGCUUGAAUCUUGCUAACAACAAGAUUGCUAGUUUUUCUGCUUUGGAACCUCUAAAGAUGCUGAACAAGUCUUUGAAAGUAGUGAAUGUAUCAAACAAUGAAAUUGGAGCCCAUUCCAUCAAUUCACGGAGGUAUUUGUGCGCUUCUCCAUUCUCGCAUACGGUUGGAAGUGAUUGGAAUCUUAGUGAAUUUAUAACCAAUUCUGCGGAGAAGACAACCUACUGGGAAGCUUUUGCACUCUUGAAGGAUCUGAAAUUGACCCAGUUGGAUAUUAAUGGCAACCCAAUUGAUAAUGAGAAGUUUAAUUCAUUUUUGGUCAAGAUAUUGCCUUCCCUUAAAUGGCUUGAUAAUCUAGACCUCCAAUGAUGCUAAGAACCUUUUUACUAAAUUUAUUUUCAGUUGGUUUCAUUGUUCUUCUCUAUUUUUGAUAUAUAAAGAUUUUCCUUUACCCAUUAA